AUUUAUUAUUGUAACUUAUGAGCGAAUCAUGUGAUCUUUGUAGUGCUUUCUAUAGCUAUGAUUACUAUUAGAAGGAAGGAGACAUAUAUAUUUCAGAUUAUUUUUCAGAGCAGCAAUGUAAUCAGUAAAAAUUAUAUUCUAUUUAAAAGCUAAGUUGAACAUUAAAGUUAAAAUGACAGUCAUAAUCGAGUAAAGAAAAAAAUAAGAAGAAACAACCCUUAAAGCAAUAAACCUGGGGAGACUAAAAAUAUACCUAAGAAUUUUGCUAGUGUAUUGAAAAAGUGUGUCUAGAAAAUACUAUCAAAUAGCAAAGAUGAAGCUUUGAAAUCUUUCGAAAAGUGUAGAGAUUGGGUUAAAUUCAAACAUCUUCCCCAUCACAAAAUUCAAAAAGCUAAAAUAGAAGAAUUUGUAAGGUCACGUGUUGGAAAAUUAAUUGGCAAAUAGUUCUUUGGAAAUUGUCUUUGGGCUCAUUACUUUAUCUAGGAAAAUAAGACAGAUGUAUCCCUCUACUUUAAAUACAAUAUAAAUUAUUUUGAAGCAAUAUUUCAAAAUUAAAAAUAGAAUUAAUCCUAACAAUAAGUAUGA